CCAGGUGACAGUGACCACCCCUUGUUUCGAGCGGCAGCGGCCCGGGGUGUGUGCAAGGUGAUGUGCUUCCACCCCUGGUCGGACCUGACGCUGCCCCUGAUGUCCCUGGCAGAGAUCCGGGCCGUCAUCGACGCCUGGGCAGAUCUGGCGGCCGAGCUGGGCGCAUCCUACCCCUGGGUGCAGCAUGGUGGAAGCACCCCUCCAAAUGUGGGGUGUGGGUAACCCAUCCCCGUGCCCCGGUGUCCCUCCCAGGUGUGGGCCAGCAGCUUCCUCCCCAACGAGGUGCGCCUGGAGGACCGGACCCAGCGGCAGCACCGGAGCCAGCACGGCGUGCCCAUGCUGCUGGAGUAUGCUGAGCAGGAGGCUCGACGGAAGGAGCGGUUGGUGGUGGAGAACGCGGACUGGCUGGUCGUGGUGCCGUACUGGGCCACUUGGCCCUACCAGACACUGCUGCUGCCCCGCCGUCACGUCUGCCGCCUCCAGGACCUCUGCGAGGGCGAGAGGGACAGCCUGGCCUCCAUCAUGCAGAGGCUGCUCACCAAGUACGACAACCUCUUCGAAGUCUCCUUCCCCUACUCCAUGGGCUGGCACGGAGCCCCCACGGGUCCCUACCUGGAGGAGGACUGCGGGCACUGGCAGCUCCAUGCCCCCUACUACCCGGUGGAGGCUGGGGAGGCGGCGCGUGCCGAGGAGCGCUGGUACCCGUGCCGGGAUGCCGUCCCUGGCAGACAGCAGCUGCUGGAGUUUAGCUGCUGCUAA